CGAAAAUGGUCUCUUUUACUUGCGCCCUUUUACUGCUCUCUCUGUCCGUCUGACCAUAUCUAUGUUUCUGAAAACAGCCUCCCCCCAAUUCAAAAUUAUUCCAAAACCAUCUGUGACUUUCACACUAUCUUCCUUAAUCCUUUCUUCUUUGGGUCCAAAGUUUACGGUACAGCUUACAUCCAUAAUCGUUCAGCUGCGACGAUGAGAGGCGUUGGCGGACCCUUGCUCUGUAUCGGCGAUUUGCUCUCCGACGUUGGGAAAGCUCCUGAUCCUCAUGCUCUCCCCCUUGGCACCCAUGAUGCGCACCCAUCUCAUCCCGCUUCUCAUCUCCCCAACCCCAAUCUUCGCUCCCUGUUUCAGGAAAACUACGAUAAACUCGAUAAAGCACUGACCAGAGCAGAUAACUCCUGGAUGUCUCCUACUCUGAAGCUUUGCGCGGCUCUGGAAGCUGGGAACAAACUGGUACAGUUUGGGAAUAGCCAAGUUAAAUUGUUGUCGGAGAAGGUUGAGCAACUGGAAGAACUAACCAAACAGAUUGAUUCGGCUGUAGCUGCUGCAAAAGACACUCAAGCUUCAUCUCCACAACUUUCGAUUGACUCUGGAAACAAAUGAUCUUUUUUUAUAUACUCCAUAUAAUUAUUUUUUGUAGCAAGGGAGUAGUUGUUGUGUGCUUCACAACUGCUGGUAAAUAAUACAUUGAGAUGAAACUACUUAGGAAUGAGUUUUCACUUUUUUUUUUAUUAGGCAUGCACAUUGUUUGGGAAAGAUGGUUCAUUUUGUAGGCUCUAUGAUUUUUUAUUUUUUUGAUGAAAGUCUGUGAUUUUGAUAACUCAUAAA